AAUACAGGCAAAUAUACUUUAAGUUGCCUUUUACUUUACGCUUUCUAGUAAUGGUCGGAGUUCCGAGUUGUCUUGAACGCAGCUGCGAAUCAGUUGUCUGACGUCACACAACAAUGGCAGCACCCGGAAGUUUAAAUGUUAGGAGCGGCGUUGCACCGGAGAGGCAGAUAGCGUCGCCAUACGGGAACCGUGCCACAGCAGUACAAGCUCAGCAACACAACCUGAAUGAUUAAUGAACUUGAUUGUCUAUAUAUCGAUGCUCAAAACGAAAAGGUUUUACCUGACAGUGAAGGGAGGGAAGCAGAGUUUCUGAGGGAAGUUUCUCCAGAAGUUUUGUAAAGCAGUUGUUUUUGUUGUUGUUGUUUUUUUGUUUUUUUUAACUAUGACGUGCGAAGCAAACGGCAUGUCAGAUGAGAGGAUAGGGGAGGCCCUGAUCAAAGAGGUGAUAAAUGAGGCGCUGAAGGACAUGCCCUCGGAGGACGUCGCGCCCCUCACUCCACUGGCUGUGGAUGUAAAGACUGAGCAGGAGCAGAAGAUAGUGUUCCAGCUGGGCAAAAUGAUCAGCAUCAUCGGCGACAAGUUAAAAGACGACAAGGAGUUCCAAGAUGCGAUAGAUGGGGUGGCAUCUUGCUCCGGCUCUAAGUGGGACAGAUUUAAGGAAGUGGCAGACAAAGUUUUUCAACAUGGCAUCACCUGGGAGAGGAUCGUUGUGCUCAUCUAUGUUGCCAGCAGGCUGGCUGUCAGGAUGGUGGAGGCUCAUCUCCCUCAGUCAGUGAUGGAGAUCCUGAUGUGGACCAUGGAUUUUUUCAGAAACAAUCUCCUGGGCUGGAUUGGGGAUCAUGGAGGAUGGAUCAACAGUUUCUCGGAGCUGGCGGUGUUGUCCAUGCAGAAGGCGUCAUCAAUGAGCUCUCACAGAUUUGGCCUCGUCCUCAUCUUCAUCACCGGCCUGGCUCUAGGAAGCUUCAUCACCUGUAGUCUGACGAGACGGCUCUGAGGCGUAUACACAUACAUGCUCCAGAUCUGGGUCACAAUUGUGUUAAGCAAAUAAUUCUAGGCGUUUACCAAAUAGGUGGUAUUUGACCUGACCAUAAAAUGUUUACCAGAGGGUUAAUUAUUCAGGUUUGUCAUGUGAUGACAACAUGUCAGACAUAUCAGAUUCUGUUACAUCCUGAUCACGUUGCUGUAAGAUUGUAAAAUGUGCCUGACCCACUCUACUUUUCUACACUGAAUUUUAACAAGUUUAUUUAAAUAUCAGGAAACCGAUUACCUUCGGGAAAGUAAGUAAAAUAACUUUUAAAGUUGUGUGAAAUGAUUGUGUUUAGAAUGAACAUGCAUUAUUUGAUUAAGCUGUACUUUUUUUUUAAAGAUGUGAGCACUAAUGUAUCGCAGACAGUAUAGUCAAAUUCAAUUAUUACAACUGUACACUCAAAAUACUGAGCCAGUUGCGUAUGAAAUGUUUUUGGGACACAGUUAACCUCACAUACAUUCAGCUCCCUCUCAAACACUCCUACUAAGGCUGACCCCAAAAAAAGUGUUUUUAAAAAAAUAAACUUUUUAAAAUUA